AUGAAAUGGAAUGACGAUAUUAUUUUUAAAUUUAUACAACAAAUACAAUUGUAUCCAUGUUUAUGGAAUCCAGGAGACAAAAACAAAAAAAAUCGGAAUAAAGUGCAUGAUGCUUUCAAAACCAUUGCUGAAGAAAUGGGAACUGAGAACAUCGAUGAAUUAAAAAAGAAAAAAGAAAGUCUUUUUCAAACUUACCGAGGCUACAGGAGAAAGGUAUUCUGUAGCCAGAAAUCGGGAGCAGGGAUAUGCGACAUAUAUAAACCAACAUGUCCGCCAUACUCAUUUUUAGAUAACUUUCUACACGGGAUAUACACUCCGAAAGGAAAAGUUGACACGUUGGUAAAAAAGAACCAGUCGCCAAAACGACCAGCAAAGCGAAGUAGUAUGAAGCGACCAAGGAAGGAGCAAAAUCGUGCCGAUGUGGCAUUCAAUGAGCUUUUAGCAAUCAAGGAAAAAAUAGUUACAAGAAAUUCUAGCUGUGUGAGUCGAGAUGAGUGCACCGUAUAUGGGGAACUCCUUGCCAUAAAGUUACGAAGGCUGAAUGGACGUACACAACGCUUAGCUAUGCAUAAAAUAGAUAAUAUCAUGUUUGAUCUGACUUUCGAUUCAUCGAUGUUACCGUCACCCAGGUCUUCCUCUUCCCAUUCAUCCCAUAUUAUUACCAUACCUCUGCCUUCACCUGGCUCUUCAUGUGCACAGUAUUCCCCUCAAUCACAACCUGUUAUUGCCACACCUCUGCCUUCUCCUGGCUCUUCAUGUGCAAAGUUUAAUAUGUCUGGAUCUCAGAAGAGAAGUGAUAUUUGGAAAUAUUUUACUACGACUUCUUCAAGUGAUAAGGCUAAGUGUACAUUAUGUAGCACAAUAUAUUUUUACAAGGGAGGUACGACUUCAAACUUGAAAAAACAUCUUUCCAGCAAGCAUCCAACGAUUAUUCUCGAUAAAUCUGUUACCAGAAUUUCCGUGCUGGUUGAACAAAAGGCCACAAACAGUGAAGAAGCCGAAAGCUACCAAGGAGAAGCAUCAACAUCUACCGCAAGUACAAUACCACAGUUGACAUCAAAGUCGGAAUCAGCAUUAGAACCAACUCAUCAGGUCUCAAAAAAACUUAAAGUUCAAUCAUCGUUGGGAAAAAUUUUCAUGAGCAAACAACAAUGGACCAGUGAAUUGACUACACAUUUAAUUCUCCUGUAUGAGAACUAUCUCUGCCUGUAUAAAGUUAAAUCCAAGGAAUACCACAACAGAGAAACCAGGAACCAAGCUUACCAGGAUAUUACAAGCGGCUUAAGAAAUGUAAAACCCUCUAUUGAAUUUACCAAAGCCAUGGUAACAGCCAAAAUCCACACGCUACGGACCCAGUAUAGUAGCGAAAGAAACAAAAUAAGGAAGAGCGAAUUAAGUGGUGCUUCUCCUGACGAAAUUUAUGUUCCAAAAUUAUGGUGUUUCGAAAUGCUAAGGUUUUUAGAUGAUGCUGAGGUCAUAGUUGAAGGACAAUCCAAUCUCGAUCCAGCCAACACAGAAAUAGAAGAGGAAGGUGAUGUACUGUUCGAGGGCAGUAUUGAUGAUGCCUCAAAACCAUUUACACCGGAUUUUGAAGUUAAUGAAGAUACGCCAUCAUCAUCUGUGCCAUAUUCAAAUAAAACACCAAACAGAACACAUGAUUCACAUAACGAGACUCCUGCAUAUAAAAAAAGAGAAACGCCUGUUUCAAAAAAAAGAAAAUUGGAGGAUAACCAAUACUCUAAUAUGUUAGAAUGUGCAACAAGUGCACUCAAAAACAUAACUAAUAAAAAGAUAGAGCUGUUGAAACAGGAUGACACAGAGCUAAAUGACUUUUCACAAUAUUUUGCCAAGGAGAUGAAAACUAUAAAAGAUGAAGACAUUUUAGAUACCCUUAAAUCAGAUAUCAUGCAUCUAGUAAUAACUGCAAAAAGAGAGUAUAGGGCCAAACGUUGUGAAUAG